AUGGAAACUAAGUUUUGCUACUUCAACAACUACAAUGUCAAUCAGCCAAGACACUUUUGCAAGGGCUGCCAAAGGUACUGGACAGCCGGUGGGGCUCUCCGUAAUGUCCCUGUAGGUGCUGGGAGGCGGAAGAUUAAGCCACCGUGCCGGGGACUGGAUGGGUUUUCCGAGGGUUGUUUGUUUGAUGCUUCUGGAGUGCAACAGUUUGAGUUUGAUACCGUUGUGGAGGAGUGGCACAUGGAUGAACACGGCGGUUUCCAGCAUCUUUUUCCGUCCAAGAGGAGGAGGACCACCUCUAGUAGUCAAACUCAAUAA